GCCUUGCAAACGUGUUAUCUACUACGGUGUCAAUAUUUAAGUGUAUAGUAUAUUACCAAGUUAUUAGUUCAUUAUUUCGUGUUAUUUCUACCACGAAAACUCCGAGAGCAAUGUGGAGUGGCGGAAGAAGGAAAUAGGAGACUACAUGUAGAGGAGAAGCCUAAGCUCCCUCACUCUGCCCUCGUCUCUCCCAUCCAGUCAAGCCAGGGUUCCCAUGAGUGAGGAGCCUCCUCUGUUGAGACCCAAGGAAGCACAUGAAGUCAGUGGCUGGAAGGCUGGCUGUGCAGAGAGUGUAAAUCAUAAGGGCAACAAUGAGUAUUCUCCCCAACCAGAUUCCUUUGGCCCCACUCAUGGACAAGGAAAUAUUUGGCACAGGAGUCCUUAUCAAAGAAGAGCUCAAUAAAGGUGUCACCGAAGAAAUAGAUAUGGAAAUUAAGGAAGAACUGUAUGAUCAUGCAGAUGAAAUGAGUGAAGUGAAAAUGGAAAAUGAAUUUCUCUCCUUCAGGGAUCUUCAAGACUUUAAAAAGGAAGCAAAUGAAAAUGACUCAUGUGAUCUUAUUGGAGAUUGCAAUACCUUUUUGAGAGUGCCAAUUGUAGCUGAGGUAAAGGAGAAAAGAUAUUCAUUAGAAGAGAAUCGGAGGAUGAGAGAACACACAAAAGAGGAGCCAUACAGCUGUGAAAUUUGCAGCAAAGUGUUCACUUUGAAAAGUAAUUUAGUAGUGCACUUGAGAGUACAUACAAAGGAGAAACCAUAUAUCUGUGACAUUUGCAAAAAGGCCUUUUCUGAUAAAGGUUCUCUGGUAAGGCAUUUGAGGAUACAUACAAAGGAGAAACCAUAUAUCUGUGAGAUUUGCAAUAAAGGCUUCUCAGAUAGAUCUAAAUUAGUGAGACACACAAGAGUACAUACAAAGGAGAAACCAUAUUGCUGUGAGAUUUGCAAUAAGGACUUCUCAGAUAGAUCUGUCUUAGUGAAACACAGAAGGAUACAUACAAAGGAGAAACCAUAUAUCUGUGACAUUUGUAAAAAAGCCUUUUCUAGAAGAGAUUAUUUAGUAAGUCACAUUAGAAUCCAUACAAAGGAGAAACCAUAUAUCUGUAAUAUUUGCAGCAAAGCCUUCUCUGUAAAAAGUAAUCUAGUAGUGCACAUGAGAGUACAUACAAAGGAGACACCAUAUACCUGUAAUAUUUGCAAAAAAGCUUUUUCUUAAAAAGUCAUCUAGUAAGGCAUUUGAAGGUACAUACAAAGGAGAAACCAUAUAAUUGUGAGAUUUGCAAUAAAGACUUCUCAGAUAUGUCUGUCUUAGUGGUACACAUAGGGGAACAUGCAGAGGAUAAACCAUUUAUGUUUGGUUUCCAAUAAAUCCUUAUCUCUAAAAUAUAUUCUAGCACAACACAAGAGAGUACAUGCAAAGGAGCAAUGUGCCUGAGGAUUCUCCAAGAAAUAUGAUUUAGUGAUUAUGUGCAGGCAUGCAAAGUUGAAGCCAUAUAGGCAUUCUCUGGGAAAGAAAGAUUACUCUGGUGUACAUAAAGGUUCAAGGCCUAACAUGUAUGAGUUCUGUAAAUAUACCUUCACCUGGAGUAGAAAUUUUGUAGGGCACAUGAGAAUUAUGAGUGAAAAAAAAAUGAUCCACAGGGAAGACUUUCUUCUGACAUUUUUGUGGCAGAUGCAUCGUAGAGUUUGAAGGUUCUCUUUUUCUGACUUGUGUUUUAUAAGAUUUUAUUAAUGUGUAAUUUUGUCAAGAUAUAUCAAGUUAUAUGUGUUAUUUCCUCUAUUUUAGUCUGCAUAGACCUAAUGUCACACGGGCAGUCAAAAUAUUCUCCGUAUUCAUCUUUAAGCAAUUUGUAACGAGGCUUUCACUGAAAAGCGGGAUGGGGAGUGUAACCUGUGUCUGCAUGUGUUAUCGCCCACUCCCUCUGAUGUUGAUGUGAGGUGUAAGGAAGCAAGAAGUUUGGUUGCUUCUUUUGUCAAAUAUGACGUUGACUUUUGUGUUUUUGGUUGUAUACUUUUGGUGAAUUUUGUCCUUUUAUUGU